GGACUGAGACGAGACGAUGUCGCGAGACAGUCGCAGCCCGAUGUUCACCCGAGGCCCUUGCAUGCGGGCAACAGCUGGCAUCUCCGUGAAUCGUACUUGGCUACCCAGAAACCCACCUUCAACCACACCAGAGUAGUGCCGCGACGAUCGCAAACAUGUUGUUCCCCUCUCUCGGUCUCUUUGCUGCGGCCAGCAGUUUGCUGUCAUUGGCAACGGCGCACAACAUCCAGUUGAAGGCGCACCAGCGCGAAUGCUUCCACGAGUCCCUCCACAAGGACGACAAGAUGACCGUCACCUUCCAGGUUGGCGACCGAGAGUUUGGCAGCAGUGGAAAUCUGGAGAUUGACUUUUGGGUCGAAUCUCCUUCCCACAGCUACCAAGUUCACGAGCGCGGCGUUUCCUCCGGCGACCACUCCUUCACGGCUAUGCAAGACGGAAAAUUCACGUACUGCUUCAACAACGAACAUUGGGGUUCCAACACAAAGGAGGUUUCUUUCAACGUGCACGGCGUUGUCUACGUUCCGGAAUCAGAAGCGCCACAAGAUCCUUUGGAGAAGGAGGUCCGCCAGAUGGCAGAACUUGUUGCACAGGUCAAGGACGAGCAGAGCUACAUCGUUGUCCGCGAACGAACACACAGGAACACAGCUGAGAGCACCAAUGCGCGCAUAAAGUGGUGGAGCAUCUUCCAGCUCAUUGUUCUCGCUUCUCAGGGUGUAUUCCAAGUUUGGUGGUUGAAGAGGUUCUUCGAGGUCAAGCGUGUUGUGUAAAAGCUCUUGUCUCUGGUUUUGUUGGUUACGUUUGGCGGUCUUGCGUUGUAGUCCGCAUCAUCGUAGUAAGGUUUAUUAUGCAUCCUUUCAUCCUUGCUUGCAUGUCGGGCGUCUGAGCGUUGACUGGAGAAGGCAAGUAUGGUAGUAGGUGGAGUUUGGACAGCACUAUAGGCGAAAAAUUCUACUUCAGACUGCUCCGGGAGCCUCACAAUGUUAGGUUUUGUAUAGUCUAUGCAUGUCUGCUUGGCUUGGAGCCUAUCCAAGCGCUUUUGAUCGGUCACAUGCCAGGGACAACCUGAUAGCUCGAUACAAAAGCGGGAGUUAUCAUAGGGCGCAGGAUACAGAGAUGACCUGGCAUGUGUUUCUUUGUUCUAUCCAUGUCGAAGGAAUUGAAAAGAUAUUUCAUCGCGCAAUCUCUACGUCUCAUACUUCCUACACGUCUGCAGAACAACCA